AUGACUUUUAAUCCUAUUAUAAAAUAUUGUAUUAUUUUUAUAAGUGCAAUUAGUUCAAUUAUUUAUUGUUCAAUAUUAUGUUCUGGUUCAAUUAUACAACAUUUUAUUGAAUUUUUAUUUGGUAAGACUAAGUUUAAACCGAUUGAUUAUGAAACAAAAGAUCAUUCGUAUAUUCCAAGAAAAGCAUUUGAAGAUUUAGAAAAUAUGAAACCUAGUGCUAAUUUAGAAUAUUAUAUUCAACAUUUAAAUCUCGAAUUGGAAGAAUAUAAAGUAACAACAAUAGAUGGAUUUAUAUUAACUUUACAUCGAAUAAUUAAUCCAAAAGAAGAUAAAGGUGCUCAAUUUAAUAGAAAACCAGUAUUAUUACAACAUGGUUUAUUAUCUUGUAGUGGUACAUUUAUUGCCCUGGGUCAAAAUUCAUUAGGUUUUUAUUUAUUUGAACAAGGAUUUGAUGUAUGGUUAGGGAAUAAUAGAUCUUGGUUUAAAGCAGAACAUCAAACUUUAAAAAAUUUAUAUAAUAAUGAAGAAUAUUGGAAUUGGUCAGUACCGCAAUUGGCUUAUUUUGAUUUACCAUCAAUUAUUGAAACUAUUUUAUCUAUUAAUAAGACUCACAAGAAAUUGAUUCUUAUUGGUCAUUCACAAGGUGGGUUACAGAGUUUUUUAAUGUUGAAAAAUCCAGAAUUUAGUCAUAUUCAUGAAAAAAUAGAAUUAUUUAUACCUAUUGCACCUGCAAUAUAUCCUGGUUCAUUAUUUUAUAAGCGUUAUUUCCUUAUUAUAAUUUGUCAUUUUAAUAAAUUGGCAUGGAUUUUAGUGUUUGGAAUAUGUGCAAUGUUACGUAAUUUAUGUCUAAUGAGAAAUUCAUUAUGUGAAUGGAAACCAUUUGGAUAUUUAAGUUAUUAUAUGUUUAAAUAUUUAUUUGGAUGGACAUGUAGAAAUUGGGGUUCAUCUUCAAAAGUUCAUCAUUUUUUAUUUAUUUUCAAUAUGAGUUAUGUUUCAGUUGAAUUGAUGAAAUAUUAUCUUGGAAAAUUUAAACCUGAAGGUUUUGUAAAGAUGUUGCACUUAAAAUCAGAUUAUAAAACAGGUGAUAAUUAUGCAAUUAACCCUAAAAAUCCAAUUGAUGAUUCAAAUUCAUACUUUCCUUAUAAGAAAUCUUGGUUUGAUCAUUUAAAUGUUCCUGUGUUGGUGGUUAUAGGUGAAGAGGAUUAUUUAGUCGACGGAAAGAAAUUAGUUACACAUAUGACAAAUUAUGAACAUAACUACAAACAGAAUGUUAAUUUGUUUAUUGUUGAAGUUGCCACUUAUAAUCAUUUAGAUGUGGUGUGGGCCGAAGAUUUAAUAGGAACAAUUGGAUUUAAGACAAUGAAAGUUUAUGAACAAUUACAAGCGCAAGAUAAACAAGAAACUGAGGUAGUUGAUGAGAAAACUCAAAGUAUAAUUGAAGAAGACACGGCGAAGAAUUCAAAUGACACUGAAUUAAAUGAGAAACCCACUCCAUUGCCGAUAGACAUACCAAAAGAUGAGAAUAACAAUCAAUCAGUACUAGUAUACUAG